AUGCUGGAAAACCCUACGCCUGCAGCAACUCCCGCCGAUUCCUCCGCCACCAUCGUCAAGAAAUAUGCUCCUCCCAAUCAAAGGAACCGGCCUCUCAAUAGACGCAAAUCAGGAGAUCGAAUCGACCGCUUUAGCAGUCUUUAUGGAAAUGAUGGAGACAAGAUUCAAACAAUUCCGCCUUCAAGAAAUAUCCUGGGCGUAGAUCAAGGGGAUGCUGGAAUUCACACUCUUCAGAAGGGACACUCACGGCGUACUUUAGUAGCUUUAGAAGGGUGCUGUCACAGUGAUGCUUCUCAGCUCUUAAAUGAUCGUUGGGCAACAGUGAUGCAUAUCUACAAUGAUCCUUCUAUAGAUUUAUCUGAAAGACCAGUUCUCUACUCAGGUGGUGUAUCAGCAUGGGGCCAGUUUAAACUUCCACAUCAGAUGAUGCCUGCAGCAAAUAGUGCAGGAUCUUCUGGUUCCCAGAUGGACUUCUUAAGUGAACUUCGCCGAGCAAUGCACAAUGCUAAUACUGGUUCUAACAUCUAA